UUCUGGUAGUGCUUCAGUUGUUCGCCCACCUGUAUUGAGUCUAGAUCUGCCGAUUUGUACACGUUAUGUUCCCGAAUAGGAAUCACGACAGCAUGGAUGAUCGCAUGGCGCAGCCACGAAGUGUACUCCUGGGUAGUUUAUUCAUUGUCAUGUUUGUCAUCAGCUACACUACGGCAAAUAACGUACUAGUAAACCCGAUGAUUGGGAAAGGGAGUCAUUUCUACUUAUCAGCGGCCAUUGGGGAACAGCUCAUUCACCGGGGCUACAACGUCACCUUUCUCCUCGGUAGUGCGUUUGAGAAUCAUGCCAGAAGCAGCCGGUAUGGUCACAUGUUUAAUUGGGAAGUCUUCAAGCAUCCAAUUCCGACGCAAGCAGUUCACGACAUGUUCGCCAACUUGAGUAAACUCGUAUCGGCAAGUGACUUUAAACUUCAACUGUCCAUACAUUCCGUGUUGCAAGAGGCUCGACUAAAUGACUGCAGGGCUUUACUGGAGGACGAAGCCUUAAUUGGACGUCUUCGGGCUGCCAAUUUCUCAGUAGUCUUGUUCGACUCAACGUGGGUGUGCGGUGCAAUGGUCGGCGAGUUGCUUGAUCUACCAUACUUUGUGAUUUUUCCAUACCCUAAUACCUGCCUGGUGACAUCAAGUCAGGGAUCAGUUUUUCACCCAGGGUAUAUACCAAGCAUGAUGACAUCUUACUCCAACAAGAUGAACUUCAAGGAACGAGUCAUAAACUCGCUGGUUUACACACUUAUAACAAUUUUAGGUCCAUACUUUUAUGCUCCAUAUAACGAGUUGACAUUGAGGUUUGGCAUACCAGAUCCAUUGGAGCUUCUGACGAACUCUAAACUGUGGUUAGUCAAUAGCGAUUUUGUCGGAGAGUUCCCAUGCGCUCUCGCCCCGAACGUCAUACCGGUUGGUGGUCUUACAACAAGGGCAGCAGAAAAACUACCUGCAAACAUAGAGGACUUUAUCCAAGGGUCAGGCGAUGACGGAAUCAUCAUCUGUUCAUUUGGAUCUUUCCUUAUCCUAGACGACUCUAAUCUCCAUGUGAUUAGAAUUUUUGCAGAAGCGUUCGACAGAUUGCCCCAAAGAGUAAUUUGGCUUCUGAAGACCCCACCUCCAUUUCCGAUUCCUGCAAAUAUCAAGAUAUUACCCUGGUUGCCCCAGAACGACAUCCUAGGCCAUCCCCAAACAAGAGCUCUCUUCUUCCAUGGAGGUCAUAAUAGUUAUUAUGAAGCCAUCUAUCACGGUGUUCCAGUAGUUGUAAUGCCUAUCUAUGGUGACCAGUAUGACGUUGCACCAAGAAUCGUGCACCACGGUUUGGGCUUGAAAUUGGACAAAGGUUUUCUAACUGAAGAAAAUCUGUAUGACGCGCUGCAUGAUGUUACGACGAACGCAACCUAUUCGAAUACAGCAAAACGGAUGUCAUCCACUUUCCAAGAUCGACCAAUGAGACCAGCUGAGAGGGCAGCAUUUUGGAUUGAUCACGCAAUCAAACAUGGCACGGACAAUCUUGAGAUACCUGUACACACCUUGAGUAUCUUCCAGUACUACCUUAUAGAUGUCGUUUCCUUCAUUUCAGUUGUUGUGAUCUUCUUUGUUUAUAUUGUUGUUAAGUGUUGCAUGCUGGUACGUUCCAGAGUUUGUAAGUUUUCUAAGAAACCAAAGACUGAAUAGUUUGAGAGAACAUCAUCGUGAAUCGUCGUUAGCACUGAAAACCCAGUCAAAUAUGUCAAUGGAUAAGUUUGUUUUGUUUUGUUUUGUUUUGUUUUGUUUUGUUUUUUUGUUUUUUUUUUGGGGGGGGGGUCUUUUUCUGGGCAUCUCGAAGCCCUGUCAGGUAACUAACUCUUCAGCUCUGUUUAAUUGCUUCCUUUUUUUCAGCGCUGAAUAUAUGCUUUAAUUGUAUGCCUUGAUGGUUUUUUGUUUCUGUUGUUGUUGUUGUUAUUGCUUUUUUGUCUUUUACUCUUUUUUUUUUUCGUUUAAUUUGUUGUUUAUUUGUUUUGAUUGCUGGGCAUCCACGAUGUAUUGCUUUUGAACUCUGAUUAGUUCUAUCUACUUAUCUCUUCGUAGUUUCCAUCUAAUGGUCUGCAAGUACACGUGAUUUCUGACGAAUUCGGAUAGUAUCCCUAAACAGUCUUUUAUAUACCACACGGAUAAUCUUUCUGUGUCAUAUUGCAUACAUCAGUUUUAUUAUGGAAUUGAUGAAUAUUAUUUUACCGUUUCUAUUUCAAGACUAAUAUACAGUGCGUCUAAGAAGAAACAAAAAGAAACCCCCCCCCCAAAAAAAAAAAAUGGGUAUUGUCAAACAAAUUAAGAGCUGUAGGAAUAUGAUUCCUUGCUUUUCAUGAACUAGAAGUAAUGUGGUUUCACACGAUGCAUUGAUGACAUUAGUCCAUACAUGCUUCACUGAGCGAUAUUCGUUUGAACAUGGCAUGCAAAAAUCCAUUUGGACCAAAUUUAGAUGAACUUGUAGGUGAUAGAGAAUUCGCUGCUUCUAUCCAGUGCACCUAAAGGUCUUUCGUAGUACUUCCGCGCAUGUGACUUGCUACUUAUUCUACGUCGCUUACAACCGGCCAAUACCCCCUCCCCACACUCAGUGUUAUUUAGGAUACGCGUAUGCAUGUUCCCUCCCUUUGAAAACACCCCUAUCUCCGAUGGCAAUACGGGCCGGAGUUUUGUGUAUUGCGGGCCGGACUUUGUUGCGUGAAAAGUACCCUUUACCGAAGAUUUUGGGAACACGAAUGCGGUUUCACCGAACCCCGGAGUGGGAGGGGGGGGGGGGGGGGGAAUACCCCAGUCUUUUCCAGAUGAAUCAUGGACACGGUUUACGGCAUUGUCACUGCUUUAGUCUCAUGAGCGCCCGAAAGGCGACUAAAUAGUGUCACUCUUGAAAAUUUAGGAUCGGGAUUGGAUUGGAUUUAAUAUUUUUAAUUUAUUUUCAACAGAAAAAAGAUGAAAAGCUGAAUAAAAAAUGGUCAUUACCUCAUAUGGACACUCGUAUUUGAAGUAAUCAAUGUCUGGCAAACUCCCUCACCUACGAAAGAAAAGGAAGAUGUUCUCUCUAUUUCAUGAAAAGCCUGUGACUAGGAAAACAGCGGAAGUAUCUCGUCCUUGUUCCCUUGGUUUCAUACAUCACACGCCGUUGGCACAUCUAUACUUCAAAAUGCAUUACUCUCACAAAAUAAUCAUUAUUCUAAGAGAGGGUUUAUUUGAACAAUGGUAUUUAAUCAUAAGCAUUUAUUUGAUCUGAGAUUUGCUAAUAUGUGCACAUGAUAAUGGUUUAGUCAUGGCAAAUACAUGGAAUGUAAUGGAAUCACAGUGGGGAAGAUUUACCCAAUCUAAAAAUGUAAUCAUUCAUAUUCUGGCGCGGACAGUAAAAUCUUGUGGAGCAGUGUAAAAUCGAAACUUCCUUUAGAAAGAAUCAUGU